CCCCCGGUACCACCACCACCGAUGCCGCUCCCAUUCGACGAUCGUCGGCUAGUUGCUCCUGCAUCAAUCGGUCAAAACGUCCCCAUGCAAUCGUCAAUGAUGCAAAGUUUUGCCCUUCCCGCGUCCACUCCGUCCCUUCCUCCUCCACCUCCUCCUUUUGCGUUCCCUUCGUCCGGAGUCAGUGGAAGCAGUAGUGGAGGUGGUAAUGCUCCGAGUAGUAGCAGUGGUAGUGGGCAGCCAUUCGGUGCAUCGGCUGUCGACUCUUGUCAACAAAUUUCUCAUGUAUUACAGUGUUAUCAGCAGGGCGGAGAAGAUGCUGAGUUUGUGCGGAAAGCUAUCGAGAGCCUCGUCAAGAAGCUGAAAGAGAAACGGGUCGAGUUGGAUGCGUUGAUAACAGCGAUAACCUCUGCUGGGAAGCAACCUACAACUUGUGUGACCAUACAGGCAAGAAUGCUAGCUUAUUUAUCUCUACUUCUCAUUAUACGGAUGAUAUUGAUGCAUGCGGUAUGUGCCGCAACGCGGACGCCCGUGUCUCAGACCUAUGGACUGAUGUUAUUUCAGCGCUCACUGGAUGGACGCUUGCAAGUGGCUGGUCGAAAGGGUGUACCUCAUGUCGUCUAUGCCCGGAUAUGGCGCUGGCCCAAUGUCAGCAAGAACGAGCUCGUGAAACUCUCGAUGUGUACCAUACCGGCAGAGCAUCAAGACUUCAUCUGCAUCAAUCCCUACCACUAUGAGCGCGUUGUGUCCAAUGGCCUAGCACCGCCAGACCUAAAGUCACUCCGAGUUGAGCCAGCUCCGCCAUCAAUAAUUAACAAAGCCGAGUUCCCUGUCCAAGACUACGAAAUGAGCGAAGCUAUUCCGAAUAACUCAAUACCAGAAGAUUGGUGUUCGGUGAUAUACUACGAAUUGGACACACAAAUCGGCGAAACAUUCAAAAUUAAAAACGACGAGUUACGUGUUGACGGUGGUAUGGACCCUUUGGCCCUUCAUAAAGGACGUCUCUGUCUGGGCGCGUUGCCAAAUGUCCAUCGUAGUGAAGUUAGCGAGCGAACAAGGUAUGGAUUUGAGCUCUUCUGGAGGAAUUCGAACCUGUGCUGUAAAGGGGCCCUAGAACGAGAAAAUUUGCGUGAUCCUUCUAAAAGGUUGGUUUUCAGGAUUCAUAUCGGAGACGGUGUUGAACUGCGAGCAUGUCCGUCGGGUGAUGUGAUGAUGUCAUGUCGAUCACAUAAGCCGAUCUUCAUUCGAUCAGGAUUUCUCGAUUACUGCAACAAGAUUCCAUACGGCAACAAACCGCAUCGCUUCACACAGGAGAGCGAAGCGACAAAAGUAUUCGAUUUGAGAUGGGCUUAUCACGAAAUGAUGUGUAGGACUCGUUCGGCCAGUGAAGCAGUCAUGGCUCAAGCAGCAGCUGUUGCUGGAUUUGCACCCGGAGUUGAGAAUUUCCCUGAAAUGAUGGCCGAUUCGGGCGUGGACGGCAUGCGAAGUGCCUUCUGUACAUUGGCAAUUAGUUUCGUCAAAGGUUGGGGACCUGGCUAUCCGAGUCGAAGCUCGAUAAAGGACACACCAUGUUGGAUUGAAAUUCAGUUACACAGACCGUUGCAACUGCUCGAUUAUUUGCUCAAACAUGCUCCACUAAGCAACUGA